AGAGCUUUCUUUGUGAUAAUACAUUUAUCUGUAUACAAUAGUUGGUAAAAUAUAUAAUAAAGAUAUCUGUUAUUGGAAUUUGGAGUAACGCCAUAUUACUCUAACGGUUUAGUGAUUUAAAAAAACGAAUUCCUCACCGAUUUAUUAUGUUAUAUUUAUUUAAAACACAAAUCGGGACUACUGUUGUUAAUUUAUACGUCAAAUAACUGACAGUAAAACAUUUUUUUUUGUAUCAAUAUUGAGUAUAAUCACAGAACAAUAUAAUAUAGCCGACUAGGAUGUUCAGAAAUAUAAAACCACAUUACUUCUCAAUUGAUGCCAUAAUGGCUGCUCAAGAAAAAAUUCAAUGUUCAUUUAUUAAAAAAGUUGAAUAUCUUGAUUUUUUAGAUUCGACUAACCCUGAAAAAGAUGAAGAAUCUGAUCCAAAAUUUGAACUUCCCUUAUGGAUGAUUAAAGUGUUUUUAGCAGGAAAAUCAAUUCAAUUUGAUAUGCCCAAAGCAUAUAAUGAAAUUUACAGAGGUGUCUUAACGGCUGAUGCAAACGUAGUUGAUUUAUUCAAGUUGUGUAAGCAUUUCUAUUUAUUUGGAAAAUUUUUGUCUCAAUUAGAACAUCGAGAAGCAUAUGAAGUCCGAAGAACAUUAAUUCAAACAUUCAUUGACAGAUUUAAACAGACAAUGGAUUGGGCUCAAAAUAUAGAUGAUAAUCUGCCAUGCUUUAAUAGACUUGACUGUCUUGAGAGGUUGAUAUUUAAUGAUGCUCGAGUAGCACAGCAACAUUUAAAUACUUAUUUAACCGAAGGAUCAGGUCAAAUGGAAAUUGCUGCCAUGAUAUUGAAUUACAGAAAACGAAAAAUUCAUGAAAAUCGUGUUCUAGAAUAAAAAUUAAAUAAUUUUAUGGCAGAUGCUAAUGGAUUUGGAUUAAGUGGCCAAAGUAAAUUGUGAUUCAAAUUAAAAUCAUAGUGAAAUUGUUAUUAUAUAAUAAGGUAUUUGUAAUAAAAUGUAUAAAUUUUCGUGUAAAAUUAGUAACUUGAAUUUUGUUUACACUUGAUUACAAAAUUAACAUGUGUAAUCAUAAAUGUUAACAUCUGGUAAUCAGUGCAGAAGCUGUAUAUUAUACAAAUAUCUAAUUCAUCAGUUACUGUAUAGGGAAACAGUGAGCAAUUUAAAAUACAUAAUAUAUGGAGUGUAUUAAGUUUUUGGAAUGCCACUUUGGGAAGGGGGUUCAGCUGGUCUGUUGCUUAAGGUUUCUUUAAUACGUUUUCUGCUGAGAAAACAGUCAAACAAUACAAUCAGAUGACCACAAAAAUGGUAUAAUUAACUAUUCAGUUUUUUUGUUUAAAGAAUUAAGACGAUGCUCCAUAAUAAGCAGGGUUUGGGACUUAAAGCACUAAAAUAUGUGCUUAUAUAUGAACCAAUAAACUUGAAAAUAUACAUUAAUAAUGAAAAAAAAGAAUUUAUUUGAUAUAAAUAUAAAAACAAAUUGUGAUUUAAAUAUAAUUAAUGAGAUUAUUAAUUAAUAAAAAAUUAAAUAAUAAAAUAAAUUAUGUUCUUCACUUGCCGAGUGAUAACGAGUAUAAGUAUUUAGUAGGCAUAUCGAACAUUUUUCAAUAAGCCAUCUCAGAUAAGUAGAUAACCACAUGGUUUUCAAUCGUUUCAAAUUACUUUUGUUAAGUAUUUAUAAAUCAGGUUCAUGUGCAACAAUUAUUAAUACAUUUUGAACAAUAUUAUUAU